AUGGCAUCACAAGAUCCCAUUGUCAAGGCGCUACAGGAGUAUACUGCCUGUGAUGUUUCUGACGCCCUGUGCAAGCUGAAAUACCGAAAUGGGGGCUUUCUGUCCGGCCUAACGCUGUGGUCACCACAACGACAAGAAGGUGACACCAAGAUUGUUGGACCGGCAUAUACCGUCAAGUACGCGCCAUUGGAUGACCCUACUCCUAAGCACCCAACACAUUAUAUCGAUUCCGUUCCGGAAGGCGCAGUUGUGUUUGUUUCUUGCCCGCCUAAGACACCGAAUGCUGUUUAUGGUGGUCUCAUGUCUGCCAGGGCACAGGCGAGUAAAGCUGUCGGCUCCGUCAUCGACGGUCGAUUCAGAGAUUUGCAGGAGCAGCGCGAUCUCAAUUUUCCUAUAUUCGCCCGUGAUGUUGGGACGGCUCCGCCAUACGAGCUAGUCAAGGUGGUUGGUGUGAAUGUGCCCGUCAAAUUGCAGACAGAUGAGCAAGAUAUGACGAUCAAUCCCGGUGACUAUAUCAUCGGCGAUUUGAAUGGUGUUGUCGUACUUCCCAAGAACCUAGCCGAGCAGGCUUUGCCUCUGAUGGCAAAGCAAGUUGAGGCAGACUCACAAAUGGCUGUUGAGAUCAAGAAGGGAUUUGGCGCUGCAGAAGCAUUGGCUGAUGUCGGAGCAAUUGUGACUAUUAUUUCAUCAUCACAAGAAAACAUCGACAAGGCCCUUGGCCGCCUGAACAAUCCCAAAGUUCAGGGCCGCGUGGGCGACGUUCGAGAUGAAGAGGCUUUCACCCAGCUUUUAGUUUCCCUUGCUCCCCUGGACCAUAUUGUAUUCUCUGGUGUCGACAAGAUCAUCCGCGGCCCACUUGCUGAGGCGAAUCUGGAUGAAGCGAAACACUUAUUUGGGGUUAAGUUUUGGGGGAGUAUCGUCGUGGGAAAAGCUCUUGCGAAGCACGAUAUCAUUUCUCCAGGAGGGUCCUUGACACUCACGUCUGGCGGUGCCGCAUUCAAACCCGGAAAGGGAGCGGCGAUUGGGGGAGCACUGAAUGGAGGUGUUGUAAGCCUAACAAAAGGUCUUGCGAAUGAGCUUGCGGACAAGAGAAUUCGCGUCAAUACUGUUGUACCUGGCCUAGUCAAGACAGAGCUCUGGGACAAGUUGGGUCACAGCAAAGAAAAGCAGGAAGAGAUAUUCAACAAAGGCUCAAAGGACUUGAGCGUCGGAUUUGUCGCAACACCUACAGAUAUCGCUGAGGCAUAUUUGUACACGGUUAGGGCAGAUUAUGCGAAUGGGACUCUUGUCGUAAUUGAUGGUGGUUCGCAGAUCUAG